GUCGACGUCGUUUCUUGUGAAGACGACUUUUCUGUCCAGAAUUUCGGAUUUAUAUUUUGAGUAAUUCUAGCUCCUAAGUUCACCUAGACUCUGUCCUUAAUCCUAACAAGUGGUAUCAGAGCAAUAUUAAGGACAUUGAGAGGAGUCUACAGAAGUUUGAAGACCCUUCUAGACCCACCAUGGCCUGAGAUGUUCGAGCACAUCAAGGAUCUUGUGGAAGCGGAUGAUUCGGGUCCAAGGGCGUGGAAACUACUACGCGAUGUGAUUCAGCCCAACACUCUCCUGAUGGUGAUCGUGCUCGAGAAGGAACUUGCUGCCAUCUCCAUGCGACCAGGGGACGAUGUGAAGCCGGUCCUUGACAAGAUCAAGGACACCUAUGCAAGGAUGGCAGCAGCGGGCAGCAGUGUAUCUCAGCUGCAGCAGUGCACCAAGAUCAUCUCGGUGUUGGACAACUCUUGGGACAACCUCAUCCCCACCCUCAACUCUCAACAAGAUCAAUGGACACCUGAGUGGCUAAGGCAGCAGAUUCUGCAGGAGGACUUCCGCAGACGCCAUGUGGGAGGCGGUGCUGCCACUAAGACUGCUGAGGGGUAUGGAGCUGCAGGGCGCGGCAGAGGAAGAGGGGGUUGGAGAGGCCGAGGCCGUGGGAGGAGCUUUGGCAGAGGUAGAGGCCGAGGUGACUAUAAUGAGGGGCAUGGGAGCUCUAGUGGCAGGGGGAGUACCAGAAUGGAGGGCACCUGCUGGUACUGCAAGAAGGUCGGGCAUCCUUGGUUCAAGUGCUUCAGCAGGCCGGAGGGAUGGGCACCUCCAGGCAUGAAGCCGCCCAGUGGUGAACGCGCACAAGGUGGUGCUGUGCAAGGCUCAGGUGCACAAGGUGAAGGUGCACAAGGUAAUGCCUAUCCUGGGAUGUUUCUUAUGGUUGAGGAUGUGCAUGGGCAUGAGGGUGAUGUGGGAUCUGUGGGAAAGGUUGUGAUGCACCCUCUCACGCACUGGGUGAUUGAUUCAGGUUGCACCAGUCACAUGACCCCACGGGCAGAUUUGCUUGAUGAGGUAAAACCCCCUGGGAAGAUCAAGUAUGUGGCAGCAGCGUCAGGUGCUUUGCUCCCUGUCAUUGGUGUUGGAAAUGCCAAGGUUAAGGGAGCUAAUGGGGAGCUUGUGGGGCUUGGGAAUGUUCUGCUGGUUGAAGGCUUGUCUGCUAACCUUCUCUCUGUGCGACGACUGCAGAAGAGCAAGGCCGAAGUGACCUUUGGACCAACCAGCUGCCAUGCUAAGCUUGGGAAGAAGGUGCUGUGGAGUCUGGAAGAGGAGACCAGCUGCAUCAAGGACCUGUGGCAGCUGCCCAUCAUCCCAUGGAAUGGGAAGACUCCAACAGCAGCAACGGCAGCAACGGCAAAGGCAACAGCAGGAGGAGAUGCAACUGCACCAACUGAUGGGGUCCUGGAAGCAGUCAAGAAAGUGCAGCAGCAGCAGACACAUGGCGAGGUGCUUGCUGGUGUGGAUGCGAGUGCGGCAUGGGCUAAGGCUUCAUCAAGGAGUGGAGAGGCCGAUUGGGAGACAUGGCAUGAGAGGCUGUGUCAUGUGAACUUCCCUAUGCUGCAGAAGUUGGUGAAGGAUGGGAGCCUGAAGGGCUUGGAGGUGAAAGGGGGAGUGAAGGAGAUUGGGAGCUGCCCUACAUGCUUGGAGACCAAGUUCUCCAAGUUCCCCUUCAACAGUGCAACAGGACCAGCCAAGACCCCACUUGCACUUGUGCACAUGGAUGUGGUGGGGCCCACAAGAGCCCCUUCCCUCUCAGGCAGCCGCUAUUUCUUGACAAUUGUGGAUGACCACACUCGGGCAGUGUGGGUUUACCCUUUGAAGAGCAAGGGGGAGGUGGCAGCGGCUGUCCUUAAGGAGUGGAUGCCUAGAGCUCAGAGGGAAUGCGGAUACAAGGUGAAGGUGAUCCGUAGUGACAAUGGUGGGGAGUUCAUUGGAGCUGAUUUUGAGGGGGAGUUGAAGAGGAAGGGGAUCCAGCAUCAACUGACAGUGCCCUACAACCCGCAGCAGAAUGGCGUGGCUGAGAGGUUCAACAGGACCCUGCAGGAGGGGGCACGCACUCUCCUUGGGCGUGCAGGGCUGCCUGAUCCAUUUUGGGUGUCUGCACUGAGGCAGGUCGCCCUUGUGAAGAACAGGGUGCUGGCUACAGUUGGAGAUAAGGAGUGGAUCCCAUAUGUCAAGUGGUAUGGGAGUGCUCCAGCUGUGAACAUGCUGAGGGCAUUUGGGUGCAUGGUGGUGUUUGAUGUGCCUAAGGAGAAAAGGGGGAAGUUGGAGGCUUCUGGAAGAUGGGGUGUGCACUUGGGGAUUGCAAAGGAUCACAAGGGUUGGCUGCUAUGGGACUUGACCACCCAGAAGCUGACAGUGUCAAGGGAUGUGAAGUUUCUGGAGUCCCUGUACUACAAGGAAUGGAAGCAGCAGCAACAGAAGCUUCCAUCUACACCGCUCAUUGUGGAGGCAGACGAGGUGCAGCAGCCUUCAAGACAGGUGGAGGUUGCAGUGUCAGAGGAGGAGAUGUCUGGGGUGACUGAGGAAGGGGGAGCAGCUGAAGUAGAGCAGCAGCAGCAGCAGCAGCAUGAGUCUCCAUCUCGAGUUCCACACCCGCCUGAGCGACCUAGGAGGGAUGUGCGCCCUCCGGUGAGGCUGACCUAUGGGGGAAGAGGCAAGCCGAAUGUGGUGCAGGCUGGGAGUGUGGUUGAGCAGAUUGAGGAAGAUGAGAUCGCUCACUGCUACUGGGCACCAAUCCCUGAGCCCAAGACUCGAGAGGAGGCCUUGAAUGGACCAAAUGGGGAGAAGUGGAAGGCGAGUGAGGAUGAGGAGUUUGGGUCCCUGAUUGAGAACGAGACAUGGGACCUGUGUGACUUGCCUCCUGGAAAGAAGGCAAUCACUUCCAAGAUGAUCUACAGGCACAAGUAUGGACCUGAAGGGGAGCUGACCCGAUACAAGUCUAGGCUUGUGGCACGGGGGUUUCAGCAGACAAAAGGGAAGGACUAUGAUGAGGUAUUUGCUCCUGUGGGGAAAGGAACAACACUGAGGGUGCUGUUGGCGAUAGCUGCACUCCUGGGAUGGAAGAUACGGCAGAUGGACAUUGUGACUGCCUUUCUGAAUGGGAUCAUUCUGGAGGAGGUGUACAUGAAGCAGCCAGAGGGGCUGGAUGAUGGGAGCGGCAGGGUCUGCAGGCUGAAGAAGGCAAUCUAUGGCCUUAAGCAGGCGCCUCGUGCAUGGUAUCACAAGUUGGAGGAGGCGCUGGUGGCUGGGGGUUUCAAGAAGAGUGAGUGUGACCCCAGCCUGUUCCUGCUGCAGGAGAAGGACGAAAUCCUCAUGCUCUUGGUGUAUAUGGAUGAUAUCCUUCUCUUUUCUGCAUCCACUGCUUUGCUGGACAGCGCAGAGCAGAUGCUGGAGAUGCAGUUCAAGUGCUCCAAGAUGGGUGAGGUGAAGUACUACUUGGGGAUGCACGUGGAGAGAGAUGUGGAAAAGGGUGUGCUGAGGUUGCACCAGAGGAAGUACUGUGAGGGGCUGGCUGAGAAGUAUGGGCUGCAAGAUGGGGGAAAGCCAGCAACACCACUACCUUCAGGGUUUACUGUGGAGCCAUGUGCUGAUGAGGAGCCAGAGGGGGAGAUUGUUGUGUGAUGUCAUCAUAUGCUAUCACAUUCUGUCUGCCUCCCAUCCCAUGUUUUCAACUUGCAUGUGUGGUUUGAAUGUGAAAGAAUUUGUGUGUGGUGUGUUCUGGAGUUUGGGAAUGUGUUCUGUGUUAUUUUUGUUUGAGCAGGUAUUUUGAUGAUAGAUCUUGAGAAUAUAUUUCCGACGCAACAAGAAUCGCUUCAAUCGGAGCAAGAACGCGAAAGCUAUGAAGAUUCAAAGUUCAUGAGCUUGCGUUACAAUUGCGGCGGUUACAAAGUGAAGUUGUGGGGUGACUCUAUAUGGAGUUGGGACCUUUGGGGUUGGGGAAAUUUGUCACUCUACUGUAACAGGUGCAAAUUGGUUGGGAACAACCAAGCUAGGUUGGCAAGGGUGGCCAACUUGGAUGGAUUGGUUGGGAAGGGACAAAGGUCAAAGUUGAGGUUCCUAUAGGGAGGGAAUCUUUGUGCUUAUGGGGUUUCCUUGGUUGGGGACUCUCUUGGGACCUUCCCUCUCGUCCCUCUCUUUCUAUCCCAACCUUUCUCUUGCUCCUCUAAUUCCUUGUGAGAUUCUUGAACUUUGAUUGAACUCUUGAGAUUGAGUU